AUGGAACAGCAAGAUCCUCAAACUUUCCGCCCUCAUUCUACCGUGCCCCGUGAUACUGAACACCGAUCAACUCGCCAGUCUUCAUCGUCAUCACCCUCGACCUCGCCGCUUACACCAGCUCCCGGGCGCCACGCCACGAGUUUCUCUUCUCGGCCAACAACGCCGAACAGAAGUCAUUUGUCGACCUCUGAACCUACUCUUCGAUUUCCUCGCCCACUAGGCAAUCGACAUCUUGCCAACUGGAUUUCCUCUAGUAAUCCAGACAUCAUGCGUUUCACCACCACUCUGGAGGAUGGGGGGCUUAUGGCCGAGUCCUCCUAUGAAAUAAUCUCUAACAUCGACACCGAGUCUCAGGAUGGAAACUACAACGAGUCCAUGAGCGAGUCUAUCGACUCUUUCGACCUCGCACGCCCCGACGACGUCCAAAGUUGCGCCGGUACUGAGCAGACCUGCGACGACGAAUCCAUUACCGAUGAAGCUGAAGCCCCUGCUCAACAAACCCAAGAAGAGUCUGAUGACAUCUCUGAAUCUAUGGAUGUCAACAAAACUCCACAAACACAACAAAGCUGGGCUUCAGUAGUCAACAACGGUCCACUCCCUGAGGUUGAGGCUGAUAUUGAACCUGACGAAGAGCCCGAGCCUGAGUUACAGCCUGCCGAACAGGAGCCCGAGUCGGAAGACGAGGCUCGAUCUAGGAGUUCUCUCGAGUAUACCCAGCAAAGCCUCAAGACCCCAUCGAUUCCUAGCCCAGACGCUGGUAAUAUGGAUAAGCUUGAUCGGUUGCCUCUGCCUACCGGGGUCGAGAAUGACGAAGAGACCCAACGGGCGACACUUCACAAAUGGUUGAAGGAAACCCAACACCCUGAAUUUACGAACAGAGAGGCAAUCAAAAGAGUCGCCAUGUCGUCCCUACCUGCUCUCCUUCUGCUUAUCCUGGUCUCGUUGAUCAGCUUCUUCCUCUCUCCACUCUCGAGAGAUACAACUCCCCACAUCCCCGCAGCCACUUCCGCUGUCACAACCCACCCCACACUUUUAUCGUCAAGUCGAAGCUCGCAGCCAACUUCGCAGUCCCUUUCCACAUCUAUAAACUCAGCACUUAUUCCCCUUCAGGAUGCCCGCACCAAUGAAUGGCUUUGGGGCAGCCAGAGGAUUGAUGUGACUGUCAAGAGACAUCAAGGCAACCUUUUGAUUCAUAUGCCUCGAGGCAUCAAGAAAUCAUGGCUUGAUAGAGAUUGUCUCAACUUCAAUGCCAAGCGGGACGAAGAACAUGUCCGAUUUGGCACCUCAUCGGUUGAUGAAGGCAUUCUACUCAAGAUCCCUAGAGAGGAAGCCCAUGGAACCGUCAAGUUUGACAUUUACACUACUUGCCGCCCCAAGAUCCACAAAGUCCUCCAGGUUGAAUUCGGGAAGGGCAUGUUUUCGGAGGCGUUGAACCUGACCUUGUCUCUAGCUCAACGUGUUCCAGAGCUUGUUCCCGCUGCUGCUCAAGAGGCAGAGCGGCGCCUCGAGGACGCCAGACGCUCAUUGGAGACUGCUUCCGGAAACUUCAUGACCACGUCUGACACAUUGUGCAAAGAUCUUGGCACCAAACUCCACGAUGCUCACCAGUCUUUGAGUUGGGCCAAGAGGGAUAUCAAAUGCCGCGUUCAAAUGGCAAAGCAAGACAUCUCAAAGAAGCUGGGCACUGUUGCGGCUAAUAUCAAACAAUACAUCCCAAACACUGAAGUUGUGCAAAACCAAGCCGAGCUCGAAUUGCUUCAGGCACAAAUUAGAGCAAAGCUUUGGUGGCUCAAGGUGACUGCGGGUGACGAAGAACAUGAUCGUUACCAACAUGCGGCCAAACAGUUCAUGAAUGGUAAGCUACUGAAGAACAAGCCUGUUCAAAAGCCCGCCAGGAAGGCAUCAGCUGGUUCGAAACCCUUCCGCGCUUUGUUUAUGAAGUCUCGAGACGAUUCAGGAGGACAGAAGAAAUAG